AGCGCGGACUGGAGCAGGUGGAAGCUGCAGAGGGAAAAUCACUUCUGUAACAUGAAGAUGCUCCAUCUUACAACAAAGGAAAUGGAGGAUCCCCUCACAGACUCCAGCCCACUCAUCAGCGCAGCCUCCUCUGGGAAGCUUCGUCUGGUCCGCCUGCUGGUGGAAGGUGGAGCUCAGGUGAAUGGGAGGAACCACAGAGGAGAGACGGCUCUCCUCGCUGCCUGCAAGGCCCUGAGAGGAGAACCAGCAGGAAAGGAGAGUGUGAAACUCCUGCAAUUCCUGCUGCAGAAUAAGGCAGAUCCCAACAUGCAGGACCAGGAUGGUCGCUCUGCCCUAAUGUACGCCUGUAUGCAGAGAGCAGGAGCUCUGGUGGCGUCCACCCUCGUAGCUGCAGGAGCUGACCCAUGCAUGGAGGACGGCACUGGAGCAUCAGCCUUGGUUUACGCCAUCAAUGCACAGCACCAACCCACACUGCAGGUGCUAAUAGAUUCAUGCCGGGCUAAAGGUCGUGACAUCAUCAUCAUUGCUACAGAGAUGGGCCUGAGCAGAGGCCCGGUGACCAGGCGUUACCUGAACGUCCCCCCGUCUCCGGACUCCUCGCCUGUGUCCUGCAUGUCCCCGUCUGAAAUCAUUGUAAAGACCGGCUCACCAAAGUCAUCCGAGGGAGGAAACAUCUUUAAUUUCAGAGGAAUGAGUAAACAGGGAAACAGCAGCAGCAGACGUUCAUCAUGUGAGCUGAGUCGGCUGAACCUGAGAAGCAGUCCAGCUUCCAGGCAGAGGGUAUCGUCCGAACCUUGGCUGGCCAUCAACAACCUGGACUCUCUGAAAAGGGCAUAUGAAGAGGGAAUGAGGGAGAGGAGCCUGGAUAUCUGCCAGAGCAGCCUUGCUUCCUCUGCUACCCCUCACCUCAUCUCUGGUUGCUCCUCCUGGCUGCAGCCGUAG